GGUUGGUCGGGUUGGGUUGACUUUUGGGGUGUGUAUGGCCGGUUCGGUCUCACUAUAGCCUAUAGCCUAGCUAGUGAAUCAAUCAUGUGCCUUUGGGAUUUACGUUACUACUUCUUGUUAAGGGGAGGUAUAAUGUCUAUUGUAGUAUACAGAGGGUUUUGUGAUACGACUUUAUCAACCCCCAAUUCUCCUCGCUGGAUACCGCUGCUCAGGCAGCCGGGUUAUGCGACUGUGGGCUUGGUGCCUCUUGGGGGUUGCGAACGGGUCCGAGGAGUUGGGGAGGAGGUGGUUCUCAAGAAUUGGGGUAUUUUAUGAGGGCUCAUUGUUAGGGAAGUGUUCUAGACUCCAAGAUUGAGUGGAAAACGGGACGGUAGCGUUGU